CACCAGAACCAGCAGGAUGAGUUGCCCCAGCCCCCCAGCUACGAGCAUGAGCCUGUGCCACCAUGGACAGAAGGCAGCCAUGGAUACUCAGAAGGUCCCAGAAGCAGCCCAGAAGUGACACCGUCCUCGGACAACCCCUUGCCUUGUGAACUAUGCACUCACAUCUGCAUCUGGCUCCAGGAAAGGGCAAAGAGGUCCAAUGUGGUCAAGAGUUGCCUAGUUCCUGCCCAGGAUGAGGAGCAGGUUGUGCCUCAGCACUGGGCUUGUUCCCACAGAGCAGACACAGGUCACAGCAUGGAGAUGAAGCCAGAGGCACGUGUCGCCUGCCAGGUGAUGCUGGCCCUGCUUUUCACAGCUCUCUUCAUCACAGCCAUCGCUUUUGCAGGUGAAUGUCGAAGUUUUAGUCUCACAGUGCAAGCUUUUCAGCCUCAUGCCCAGCCUUGCCUUCAGUGCCCCUUGGACUGGAUCAGGUACAGAGGAAAAUGCUACUAUUUUUCUGAGGCUGAGGGGAACUGGACAUCCAGCCGGGAGAACUGCUCGGCACUUGGUGCUUCCUUGGCCACGCUGGACAGCACGGAGGACUUGAGCUUUGUGAUGAGAUACAAAGGCAUCUCAGAGCAUUGGAUUGGCCUUUUGAGGGAGGAUGAGGAGCAGCCAUGGCAAUGGGUGAACAGCUCACCUCUAUCCCACCUGUUUCAGAUCCGUGGUGGUGGGCUCUGUGCUUACCUGGAUGACAAUGGGCUCAGCUCCUCCCACUGCAGCACUGAGAGGAGCUGGAUUUGUAAUAAACAUGAGCUGCAGAGCCCAGGCAAGGGCAACAGGAUGAGACGGCCUCCAAACCUCUGUGUCAGCUCCUUGGGUGCUGCAGGGAGGCCUUCUCACUCCCAGAUUUCUGGUGCACCAUAGGGGCAUGAAAGAAAAUCUCAGAAAGAUUUUGAAAUCCCUAGGCAAGGUGUUAUUGGGGUUUCCAGGGGCCAACAAGGUGUUUCUGGGAGAAGGCAGCUUUUGGGGAUCCACAUGAGAUAGUUCUUGAGA